AUGGUCAAAGCAGUUAUCUUCACCGAUUUCGACGGGACCGUCACAUGGCAGGACUCUAACGAUUACCUAACCGACACAGAGGGUUUUGGUAAGGAGGAGAGAUUGAGGAUUUUUGAAGGUGUUCUUGACGGGACAACCACUUUCAGAGAUGGGUUCGAGCGCAUGAUUAACUCGAUUAAAACCCCAUUGCCAGAGAACUUGCAGAUUUUGGAGAAACAUAUCCAAUUAGAUCCAGGUUUCAAGAAAACUUUUGAGUGGGCACAGGAAAACGGUGUCCCCCUGAUCGUCGUUUCCAGUGGUAUGAACCCGAUCAUCAAGCAUCUUUUGACCUCGAUGGUCGGCGAGGACUCCAUUGAUAAAAUUGAUAUCAUCGCCAACGACGUCGAGUUGGACGCGGACCAGAAGAUGAAGAUCAUUUACAGGGACGACACACCAUUCGGACACGACAAAUCGCAGUCCAUCAACAAGUACAAAGCUGAGUUCGAGAAGGACUUGAAGGACAACGAGGAGAGACCCGUCUACUUCUACUGCGGUGACGGUAUCUCUGAUUUGAGCGCCGCCAAAGAGUGCGACUUGCUGUUUGCCAAAAGAGGCAAAGACCUCGUCACAUUCUGUAGGAGACAGAACGUCCCAUACCACGAGUUCGACACUUUCAGCGAUAUCCUGGAAAACAUGCAAUUUGUUCUCAAAGGUGAAAAGACCGUCAAAGAAUUGAUGCAAAAUUGA